CCGUGCUCCGCCGCCCGGGCCCUGCCUGCGCCGCCGGGCGCCCAGCGGGCGGGACGGAGCGUUGCCGGGUAACGGCGGCCAGCAUGGCCUCGGUCGCCUCGGACGCAGCCCCGGGCGCCCCGCGGGUCCCGGGCUUGGGAGAGUCGGAAGGGACAGAGGAGGCGCUCGGUACAGCGGCGGGGAGGAGGCAGUGGCCUCCGCUUGCCGCCCUCUCCGCCUUCAGCCAUGUCCCGGCCAGGCGGGAAGGGCCUCCAGAGCUCAGCUAUUUCCACCGGCGAGCCCAGGCAGGAGGUGGUUCCACAUAUGAUGCCAUUUUCAGAAGACCAGAGGGUUACAACAAACAUCUCCACCGAUGCGACAGAGAACAUGCAAAGAGUCAUGGGCUGAACAUUAAUGAGGAGGAAACAGCAAGACCUGUGGCUGUUUUGUCAUCUUCAGAGUAUGGGAGGCGUGUAAACAAGCCCAUAGAGCAGCCAGUCAGAGGUCAUGCGAGGAUCAAUCACCUGCGGUCGGAGUUCUACAGGAAAAACGGCGUCACCUGCCUACUGCAAGAGACUUCUCCAAGCCUGGAUCCGUGUUAAACCUCUUGUGUCUGUCAUUGCCAGCAACUUUCAUGUGGAAAAUUCCACCUCUCCUCAGAAAUCAAUACAGUGCUUUUACCUUUGCCUCCA